AUGUUGUUGUUUACACAUGAGAUUGAUCCGUUUGCAGAUACAAUUAUUAUCCUUAAAAAUCCUUGCAAAAACUUCGCCCCGUGGGACGAGACGCUCGUACCCGCUCAAAUUGAAGUGGUUGGUGGGGUAGAGAACCCGAGCGUUCAACUAGCCGAGCCCGCCUCAGGGCCGACCCAGUCGGAAGAUGAUGAGAUUCACUAUCUCGUCUCAUCCCGCCACUUAAUGCUAGCUUCACCAUGGUUUAGGCGCACAUUAACAAGAAAAGAGUUCGCUGAAUCUUCGAAAAAUCCAUCAGACGGACGGUACCACAUCCAAGCCAACGAUUGGGACGAAAAAGCUCUCCUCAUUCUUCUCAACAUUUUCCACGUCCGAACACGCCAAGUUCCGGCUAUUGUAAGCUUGGAGAUGCUCGCAAAGAUCGCAGUUCUUGUCGAUUACUACGAGCUCGAAAACGCAGAGGCUAUCGAGCGUGAUACCAAGAACUGGAUUGCUAGUGUGAGGCGUAAUGUCGCGAUUCCAUCUUCUUAUUGCCGCGACCUCAUGUUGUGGAUCUGCAUCUCUCGAGUGUUCUGCAUGUGCAAAGAAUUUGAGAAAGCGACGGCUGUGGCGAUCAAAGAGAGUAAGGGCUGGAUUCAAACCCUAGAUUUGCCGAUCCACCAGGGGAUUACAUCUAGUAUCGACCGCAUUCGAUGUAAUGCCCUUGAGCACGUUAUCUCUGAAUUGCACCGCUUACUUAGGGUCUAUCGAGACUUCAACUAUUCCUGCCCCCAUAACCCAUCUCACUCGUUUCAGUGUGGAGCUUUUCUCUUUGGUGCGUUGAUGAAAUAUAUGGAGAGGUGGGGCUGUCUUUUACCCCAGCCAGAGAAUCCUUUUAUGGGAAUUAGCCUCAAUGAGAUAUGCAAUAGGAGUGGAAUGGCAGAGAAUACGAAAUGGUGGGUCAAAAGCGACUGUUACGACUACUACAGAGGAUACGACCAUGAGAAGUUUGAGGUUCACUCGUGCAGUCUAAAUGCCAAGAUUGAUGAAGUGGUCCAGGAUGCUAUGGCUAAAGUGAGAGGAUUGAAAUUGCAGGACUUCAGGGAUAACAGCCAAAUUUCGUUUCAAAAUUAA